AUGGCAAAACCUACAAGAAUCAGUCGAUGUAAGCUUGUGGUGGUAGGUGAUGGUGCCUGUGGUAAAACUUGCUUGUUGUACGUCUACACUGAAUUUGGUUUCCCAGAAAAAUAUAUCCCUACUGUAUUUCAAAGUUUUGUACAAGAGACAAAAGUGGAUGGUAUACAGGUAGAACUUGCCUUAUGGGACACCGCAGGUCAAGAAGAUUAUGAUCGUCUACGCCCCUUGUCAUACCCUGGUGCACAUGUGAUACUUUUAUGCUUUGCAAUAGAUUCACCUGAUUCUCUUGAUAAUGUCCAAGAAAAGUGGAUUGAAGAAUUAAAUACCCAUUGUUACCGUGUUCCACUGCUACUGGUGGGUUGUAAAAAGGACCUUAGAGUGGAUACAAAGACGAUUGAUGAACUACAAAAGAUCUCACAAAAACCCGUUUCGUACGAAGAAGGUGUUGCUGCCUGUGCCAAUAUUGGUGCUAGUAAAUAUUUCGAAUGCUCGGCAAAAUUAAACGAUGGUGUUCAACAAGUAUUUGAACACGCUGCAAGGGCCGCUUACAUCUAUAAAGACAGUAUCACUCGCUCACAAUGUCAUAAAGGUCAAAAAAAAUGUAUAUGUUUAUAA